AUGGACUCCUCGUCUGUCCAGCAGGACGUUCACUUGGAGAACAGAAGCGGUAAUGGGGCCCCGAGCAGCUCUGAAGAACUUUUGGAUCGUAAAGCCAAGUCAGAUUUGCCAGUUGCAACAGAUGAAGUUAACACUACUGAUACUAACAUCAAUGAAGUGCCAAAUGAAGAGGGAAGUCUGGAGAUAAACAGCAAAGUGGACGCCUGCCAGAAUGGGCCAGAGUCGCUCUUCCCCGACUCUCCUGUGUCUUUUGACCCCACCAGCAGUGCGCAGGGUCAAGAGUCAUCCCCAGGCUCAGCAGAGUCUCCACUCCCACUGGAGAAAGAAGAACAAAUAAGACUUCAAGCAAGACGACGGCUGGAAGAACAGCUCAAACAAUACAGGGUAAAGAGACAUCAAGAAAGAUCGAAUCAGUCUACAUCCAAAAACCGGCCCUCCAGCACCCUAGAUCCUGAGCUGAUGUUAAAUCCAGAAAUCUUGCCAAGAGCUAGCACUGUAGCAAUGACAAAAGAAUACUCCUUUUUGCGGACCAGUGUCCCCAGGGGGCCAAAACUGGGUAGCUUGGGACUUCCAUCAUCCUCAAAAGAGAGAAGAAGUUCAAAAUCUAAGCCCAGUAAGAUCCGGUCCUUGGCUGACUACAGAACUGAAGAUUCAGGCUCUAGAAACACUACUGGGAAUUUUGUGGCUGCUGAUUUUUCUGCUGGGACUCUGAAGCAAAGCAGAAGCGGUCCAACUUCAGUUGUUUCUGAGAUUAGUCUACCCUCUGACACGGAUGAUCGAAUAGAGAAUUCCUCCUUGGCAGGAGAUAGCGUUUCAGAGAUUGAUGGGAGUGAAGUGGGAAUGAGGCUGGAUGGAAACGAGAGUGACAGCUCUACCUACAGCAGCGUGUCGGGAAAAGGGCUGUAUAACAGUUUACAGAAUGCAGAAGGCAAACAGGGUAUUCCGUAUACAAUAAACGGUCAGAAGAUACAUCCUGAUGCAAUGGGGCAAUUUCCUUCCAUCAGUGAGGUGCUGCAGGCUGCGGCAGUGGAGCAUCAAGCCCAAGAGCAAGAAGUUAAUGGGGAAGUACGGAGUAGGAGAGACAGCAUUUCUAGCAGUGUUUCUAUGGAAAGCUCUAUCGCAGGAACUCAUGACGAAAUGUUGCAGGUUCUGAAGGAGAAGAUGAGACUUGAAGGGCAACUAGAAGCACUCUCACUAGAAGCUAAUCAG